AUGGGCUAUGCACGCAAGGAUGUCAGCUCCUUCACGCCUGGUCAGCGCAAACGCUUGAAUGUGGUGGCGAUCACCAUCAACAUCUUAGCACCGUGGCUCCUCUUCUGCGGCAUCUUCGCAGCGCUGUCUUUUCAGCUGCACUACUACCACCCCGCGCUGGCCUGGUCUUGUGCCGGUGCUGGCCUGGUCCUGGCCGCAGUGUGUGCAUUCCUUGCGCACAGGAGCCGGAUGCAGGAGCAGGAUCCGACUUGGUGUACCUUUGCGGCUAUGGCGUACUUAGCGGCGACCGUGUUGGCCGCCACGUUGGGCGACACGAACUACUGGUACCACAUGCAACCAUACUACGACAUCGAGAACAUCAACUCCUAUCCUGAUGUUAGUCCUGCUCGUGAGCGAGGCCAGCAGCUGAUGGAUGCAGGGCGCGUCUACUUCGAAGAUGGGGCCUCUCUGGACGUGAGCAAGUCCAUGUCCUUCAAGAACUUGGAGAGGUACUGUGUUGCCCCCAUCAUCAGUGGAGCAGCGCCGCUCUCCUCCUACGACUUUUGGGCAGUCGGCGUCAACUGCUGCGGCGGCGCCCGAGGAGACUUCCGCUGCGGAGAGUACAACAAUCCGAGGGCCCGCGCCGGGCUGCGCUUGAUGCGCGAUGACCAGAGGCCGUUCUUCCGGCUGGCAGUGCAGCAGGCCGAAGCGGCGUACAACAUCAAGGCGAGCCAUCCGCUCUUCUUCUACUGGAUGCAGGAUCCAGUCGCUGAGACGAUGAGCUACAAAGCCUCAGGUCUGUCCCAUGCGCUGAUGGCAGUGUCUGGCCACUUUGUGUUCAACCUGCUCUGCGUGGCCGGUGUUUCAUGGGCCUUCUCCAAGAUCUCGCACAAGUUCUGA